AUGAGAUCGAAAAGGAAAUACGACUCUUCAUCCCGUCAAAAGCAACGCCGCGAGGCCGAGGUAGACGAGAAGCUCCGUUCGCUCAACAUCUCGCUAUGUCAAUACCUCCAGUGGUACUUCAACCCAGACACGACAGCCCUUCAGGUCUUGACGCAUCGCCCAAAGCUUUUCAACGGUCACUGGGCCAGCUUCGAACACGUGCUCAAUCUGAUCGUAGAAGUCGGCCGACAAAGUAGCAGCAAAGGACGAGAUCGCAUCAACACGUAG